AUGAAUCCUAACAACUACAACCCGGGCCAAGGAGCCAUGCAGAAUCUCAAGCCAGUCAUGCAGCCGAAGAAUGAUACUCCGCUCAUCAUGAAUCAUGUCGCCCAGGCACUGAAGAGCCAAGGUACCUUUACUGGGUGGAAAGCAGAUGUUUCAAUCAAAGUCCGUGCUUCGAAUGUCUACCAAAUGAUUACUUCCCUCCGUCUGAUUCAACCUCGCAUCGACCUUAAUGCCGCUGCAUCCGCAGCUCUCAGCUUCGAACAGAAAGCCUUUCAGAAGGCAAUGGAAUUGGGCGAUUACGAAAAGGAAUGCACGGAGAAACUUCAUCAUAUCAAAGAUACACGUCAACGACAGGCUGCGGUCGCGAUGCAAAGUGGAAUGAUACCCCAGGCGGGUGCUCAAAUGCAGGGCGGCUUCAUGCGACAGAUGAACCAGGGCAUGCAGUCCUCUCCUAUCCCAGGUCAGCAACAACAGCGACCUACGAACGGCGUCCUUCUCCCUGAUGAUUUGAACAAUCUCUCCCCGCAAGAUCUCGAUCACGUUUCUCGCCUAGCAAAUCAGAUGGUAGCCAAGACUUCCAGCGAAGACCUCGAGAAGAUCAAAGGCGGCUUGAGCAAUAUGACUGAUGAGCAGCGAUCAUACCUGCAGCGCAAGAAUAUGGAUCCGUUGACCUACUUUUUCCGCUCCCAGGCUCUAAGUCAACUGCGACGACACCGUCGCAGUCGCCUGCAGGAAAUGGGCCGAGCAUCCAAUGCUAGCAUGGAUCCCAAUGCAGCGAUGAUGGGCGAUCCUAUGAUGAAUCAGCAGCGUCAAAUUUUCCAAAACAUGAUGAAUUUGCAGCGAAACUCAACAUUCACAGGAAAUCCCGGCCAAGGCCUCGAUCCAGGCGCAUUCAUCGGUAACGUCGAGAACAUUCAAGGUCAGCAAGCAGAUGGUAUGCGCUCGCAGGAAGCAGGUCAGUUGGUAGUUCCUGCCAGCUCUUCGCAAAUGAACCAGCCGCCAUCAUUUCCAAAUCAGCAAAACAUGUUUCCCCAGCAAAUGAACCCGCAUAUCCAAGGCGGCUCGAAUGUGCCUCAAGAUCGAAUGCAGCUUCAAGCCCAGGCUCAGGCGCAAGCCCAUGCGCAGGCGCAGGCACAGGCACGGGCGCAGGCAGCCCAGAAGGCGCAGAUGGCAAUGUCGGGACAUAAUGGCCAACCCACUCAGACGCACCUCGCUCAGUCUAGUCCCGUAAUGCCGAUGUUGAACCAACCUAUGGCACCUGCGCAGAUAUCUCCAGUCCCCGCUCAGGCCAUGCCCCAGGGUAUGCCUCAAAACCGCCUACAGAACGUGGGUCAGCGUCCGGUUGGUGCCCCUGGAGUACCGCAGGGAAACAUGGUAACUCGACCCACGCUUCCCUCGAACCUUCCUCCGCAACUUCAUGCUCAGCUUUCGGCAAUGUCAGAUCAGGAAAUUCAGGCCUGGAUGAUCAAUCAACAGCAGCGUCGUGCGCUUGCAAAUAAUAUGGCACGGGCUAAUGGUGUUCAUCAGCCGGGCUCUCUUCAGCAGAACGCCUCACAACUCGGCCAAGGGCAGCCCAUGUUCAAUGGUCAGAUGGCAAACAAUGCGCGCAUGAGAAACUCCAUAAGCAUGCAACAGGGUAUGAAUGCUGCCAGCCAAGCUCAGGCCCAACAGCUUCAGGGCCAGCAAUUGACUCCUCAGCAGCGGGCUCAGCAACAGCAGCGCCAGAAUGAGCUGCAAAAACUCCAUACAUUAAGACAACAGAAUAAUGGCCCAGAAAUGACUCCUGAGCAAAGCAAGGAGAUGGAUCGUGCCCUCUUCCCACCAUCCAUUACUGUCAAUAAUAUCAAUGUACCCAAGAAUAUCAAGACAUGGGGUCAGCUCAAGCAAUGGGCUGGUGCAAAUCCCCAAGCGUCGAAUGGAGUUGAAAUCAGCAAGCUGAUGGUUAUGCAAAAGCUGCACUUUGUACAGAUAUUAGCCGCUCAGGCAAGGAACCAGAACGGCCAAGGGAUGCUGUCACAACAAUUUCAACCUCAAGGCCCAGGGACGCAGGCACAACCUUCCCAAGGCCCGCAGGCUCAGAUGGGAAAUCCUCAGAAUUUCGCAAAUGGCCAGCAGCCUCAUCCGAACAUGUCAACCCUGCGGCCGAUCACAGCCCAUGAUCUUGCUCUGUUCCGCACGCGAAUGGGACCUCAAAAUGCAAACUUCUCCGAUGAUCAGUUGAGUGAGAUCAUUCGGAACCGCCAACGACAGGCUCUGUUGAAACAAAUGGCUGGCGGUAACAUGCCGCUUGGCCAAAACCAGCCGAUGAUCCAGCCUCAGCCCGCUCAGCAGCAGGUAAAACCACAAGCCAUGCCGCAGCAGCAACACCAGAUGCCAACGGACCAGCAGAGUGUGAAGAUGCAGCCAGGAGGACCUGCCAAAGGCACCAAGGCAGCAGCGCCUGUCAAACAACCUGUCAAGAAGAAGGCUAACGAGGAUUCUGUCGAUCUCCGAAAUACGGCAAAUCCUCAGCAACAGCCUCAACCCAUGGCUAUUGCUAAUCCGGCACCUGCUCGACCAGCAUUAUCCAUCUCGCAAGAACAAUUUGCAGCAAUGACACCCCAGCAACAGCAGCAGUUGCAAGAGGCUACAAUGCGCAAGCAACAACAGCAACUACUACGCACCCAAAUCAACAGAGCUGCCGCGGAAGAAGCAUGGAACAAGAAUAUUCCACCCAGAAUCAAGGAGGUGUAUGAUGAAAUCGCUAGAAGUGCGCCACAACCCCAGGUUCUGAACCUUUCACCGGAGGAGAAAGCCGCUAUGACGAAGCAACUGAGGGACUCUUUGGAUGUCAUAUCAAGAUUUGAUGUUUUGGUGGUACACGGAUUUGCAAAGAUGCAGGGCCAGGAGAAAAACGUGAAGAAUCUUCUUGCCAUGCGAAUUCAAAUCAUGAGACAGUUCAAAGAUUCUCCAGAGUGGGUUGUCAAUGACGAAUUCAGCAUCUCUGCUGAACAUCUUUCGGGUGCUAUUUUCUUCAUUCGGAAAAUAUUUGCUAUGAUGAUUCGAAUGAAUCAACAGCAACGCCCCAACCAAGCUCUACCAACUGCUGCUGCACCGCAGAAUGUCCAGGCAGGGCCACCAGCUUUGAAUGCAACCAAUCUCCAGCAGCUGCAACUGCAACAACAGCAGGAAGAAGCCCUCCAAAGCGCUAGACAUGGCUCUAGUCAGUCAGGAGCUGUGCCUGCUGCAGCGCCAUUUGGAGCUCCAUCUCCAUCCGGAGUUCCUCAUGCUUAUGGCCCAGGUGGACUCGCCCCCGAGAAGUUGAAGCUUCCUCCACCAAAGAAGAGAAAACAAUCUCAGGCUGGUGCAAGUGCUUCUCCCGUUCAAACCAGUGCUCCACCGGUUUCUGCAGCUAAAUCCAAGCAGGCUGUCGAGUCUACAGUGGCCGCUUGGUCUGGUCCAAUAAAGUGCAAAGUCGUUGAAUGCCAGCACAACUACCACGGCUUUAAGACCCAGGCUGCCUUGGACAAACAUGUUGAGGAAAAGCAUCCUCCGGAGAAAGAGGAGGUUAUUGACGAUCCCCUGCAAUACUAUGUCGAUAGUGUGAACAUCGGCCUGGGAUUGACCGAAGAAGCAGAUGAGCUGAGUCAUACUAAUAAGAAGCGGACCUCUGAGGAGAUGGAGAAUGAUGACCCCUGGAACGAUUGUCCAAUUUGCUUACCAAAGCUUGGGGAUACCUUACCAACAAAGCCAAAUUGGUUUUAUUGGGGGAUCAACUGCCCUAACGACCACCCAACUCCCGAUUCCGUGGACGUUGCAGCGGUCAAAACCCCCGAGGAUAUUGGCAACGAAAACAACGAAAAUCAAUUGCUAUUCUUUGAGCCUUGGGACGAAAUCUCGAUUGAGGAGACUAUUGAUCACAUUGGAGCACCAGAUUGUCUCAAAGACCCCAAUUCUACUGGAGAGGCCUGUAUGGAUGUUAAAUGGGACUACCUGCAGAGCCCUCAAAUUUUGGUGCAGCUCUAG